AUGGAGCUGUCACUCCCAAGGCCCCCAGCUCUGCCUCGGAACACAUCUUGUACCAAGAUCUUUCUCCAGAUCAGGGAAAAAGGUCUCUUACGACAACUAAAUCCCCUAAAGGCUACUCACAAGGAUCGAUCUAAAUAUUGUAGGUUCCAUCGGGACUAUGUCCAUGACACAGAGGACUGCCAUGACCUUCAAAAUCAAAUCAAUGAGCUAAUCCGAAGAGGUCACCUCAGGCGCUACCUCAAGGAACUAGGAGAAGCAACUCCAAGCCCCAAGGGACCUUUUGAGAGGCAGAUCGAUGUCACUACUGGUGGACCGACUACCGGUGGUAGCAACUCGAUAGCAAGGAAGGCCUACGCCCACAGCACAGUGGAGAAACGCCCCCGACCCAAGUUCGAGCCAGAAAUCACCUUCGGAACCGAGGAGGUCGAGCACUCCCACCAUGACAACGCUUUGGUAAUCUCCAUCCGGAUUGCCAACGCUUGGGUCAAAACAGUAAUGAUUGACACCGGGAGCUCUGCCAACGUGCUGUACCUUAACACCUUCAAGAAGCUCAGCUUAAGCAAUGAAGACCUCACCCCCAUGAACUUGGCGCUCGCCGGAUUCACCAGAGAUUCCAUCUCCCUGCUCGAGACCACCGUCCUCCUCGUUACUAUCGGGGAAGAGCCAAAAGCCAAGAUGACAAUGACUACAUUCACAGUAGUCGAUCUACCUUCGGCCUACAACGUCAUCCUCGACCACCCGGCCCUCAACAAAUUGAAAGCGGUAGUUUCCACCUACCACCAGGCCAUCAAAUUUUCAACUUUGGUAGGAGUCGAGGAAUCCCGAAGAGAUCCAGGAGAAUCUACCUUAUAG